GUCAGUGUCAGCUCUGCGCAAGCAGCCCUCUCCCAGCCGAUGUCCGCCGGCGAGCCUCCGCGUCUCUGCAGAGGAGUCCCCGCCCGGGUUCUGGGGGACCCGCGCUGUGGGAGGAGUCAGGCGCUGGCCGGCAACUAACCCGGGUCGGACUGCGGGACAGACGGAGGAGGGACUCCGCCUGCGGGGGGAGAGAGAGAGACAGACUUCGGCAUUGCGACCCCUCAGCAUCUCUUCCCUUCGAUUCGUGGUACCCACUAGUCGCCGGCACUUAACGCCGGAGCGCCCCCAAGCCCGCACGUCCAGCCCCGGGGGAGCCCGCCCCCGCCCCGCGGCCCGCCCGGGCCAUGCUCCCCCGGGGCAGAGGCUGAGCCCGAGCUGGAGCCGGGACCGGGACCUGAGCCCGCGCGGAGCAUGGAUCCGGGCUGGGGGCAGCGGGACGUGGGCUGGGCGGCCCUGCUGAUCCUCUUUGCCGCCUCGCUGCUCACGGUGGCAGGCUGGCUGCUGCAGUACGCCCGGGGCUUGUGGCGGGCGCGGGCCGGCGGGGGCCAGGGCCUGGGGGCCUCCUUAGCCGCCGAGCCCGCGGGCUCCCCGCGGGAGCUCGGCGUGUGGCGCUCGCUGCUGAGGUUGCGGGCGACUCGAGCUGGCGCCCCUGAGGAGCCAGGCGUCCGGGGCCUCCUGGCGUCGCUCUUCGCCUUCAAGUCUUUCCGGGAGAACUGGCAGCGGGCUUGGGUGAGAGCCCUGAACGAGCAGGCCUGCAGGGACGGGAGUUCCAUCCAAAUCACCUUUGAGGAAGUGCCCCAACUCCCACCCAGAGCCAGCAUUAGUCAUGUGACCUGCAUAGACCAAUCAGAGCGUACCAUGGUACUGCAUUGCCAGCUCUCUGCUGAGGAGGUGUGGUUCCCAGUCUCUGUGACCCAGCAGUCCCCCGCUGCUGUCUCCAUGGAGACCUACCACGUCACUCUGACACUGCCACCAACACAGUUGGAAGUCAGCCUGGAGGAAAUCCCUGAUGAGGGGCUGCUGGUAUCCUGGGCCUUCACUGAUCACCCAGAUCUCAGCCUGACAGUGCUUCCCAAGCUGCAGGCCAGGGAGAGAGGUGAGGAGCAAGUAGAGCUCUCCACUAUUCAGGAACUGAUCAAGGAUGCCAUAGUCAGCACCCAGCCAGCCAUGAUGGUCAACCUCAGGGCCUGCUCUGCCCCUGGAAGCCUGGCACCCAGUGAGAAGCCACCCCUAGUGCCCCAGGCCCAGCCAGCCAUCCCUAGACCUACUCGGUUAUUCCUACGGCAGCUUCGAGCAUCUAACUUGGGAAGUGAGCUAGGAGGUAGUGGGGAACUGUGCUGUGUAGCUGAGCUUGACAACCCCAUGCAACAGAAGUGGACUAAGCCUGUGAGGGCUGGCGCUGAGGUGGAGUGGACAGAGGACCUGACACUGGAUCUGGGCCCCCAGAGCCAGGAGCUGACCCUCAAAGUGCUGAGGAGCAGCAGCUGUGGAGACAGUGAACUCCUGGGCCAGGCCACACUGCCUGUGGGCUCCCCCUCCAGACCACUGUCCCGAAGACAGGUGUGCCCACUCACCCCAGGGCCAGGGAAAGUCCUGGGACCAGCAGCCACCAUGGCAGCAGAGCUUCAGUAUGAGGAGGGCUCCCCCCGAAACCUGGGCACUCCCACUCCUUCUACUCCACGCCCUAGCAUCACACCCACCAAGAAGAUUGAGCUGGACCGGACCAUCAUGCCCGAUGGCACCAUUGUCACCACGGUCACCACCGUCCAGUCCCGGCCCCGUGUAGAUGGAAAAUUAGACUCCCCCUCCCGCUCCCCGUCCAAGGUGGAGGUGACUGAGAAGACGACAUCUGUGCUGAGUGAGAGCAGUGGCCCCAGCAGUACCUCCCACAGCAGCAGCCCAGGGGAGAGCCACCUUUCCAACGGUUUGGACCCUGUAGCAGAGACAGCAAUUCGCCAGCUUACUGAGCCUAGUGGGCGGGCAGCCAAAAAGACACCCACCAAACGUAGCACUCUGAUCAUCUCUGGUGUUUCCAAGGUGCCCAUUGCGCAGGACGAGUUGGCACUAUCUCUGGGCUAUGCGGCAUCCUUGGAAGCCUCAAUGCAGGAUGACGCAGGGAGCAGCAGAGGUCUCUCUUCACCUCCCUCAGACCCACCAGCCAUGUCCCCAGGACCCCUAGAUGCCCUCUCCAGUCCCACAAGUGUUCAGGAAGCAGAUGAGACAACACGUUCAGACAUUUCUGAGAGGCCAUCUGUGGAUGAUGUUGAGUCAGAAACGGGGUCUACUGGUGCCCUGGAGACCCGCAGCCUCAAGGACCACAAAGUGAGUUUCCUGCGCAGUGGCACUAAGCUCAUCUUCCGCCGGAGGCCCCGACAGAAGGAAGCUGGUCUGAGCCAAUCACACGAUGACCUCUCCAACACGGCGGCCACACCCAGUGUCCGAAAGAAGGCUGGCAGUUUUUCUCGCCGCCUUAUCAAGCGCUUUUCCUUCAAAUCCAAAUCCAAGGCUAAUGGCAACCCCAGCCCCCAGCUCUGACGGUCCUCCUCACCUCCUGAGCUAGGAGAGUGCAGGAGUUUUCUCAGCCCAUUCCCAACAACCCCUUCCAAACCACACCCUGGAUUCCCGAGCCAGGAAAGCCCUCUGGGUUCCAGGAAGCCCUGUCCACCUUGGGCUGUGGGGCCAGUUGGAAGGGUACUUGCAAUGGGAAGUGUGUGAGAGGUGGGCACUCAUUGCUGAGGACAGAGGAGAAGGACUUGGUGGCUGGGAGUAAGGAAGGCUGUGUUCUGGCACAUGUGGGCCUUCCUCAGAGCUGUUUGCCUCCUGUUAACACUGGCCCCUCAGAGGAGUCCCAGGGUGCUCAGCUCCUCAGCUGAUCCUUCCUCCCUUAUUUAUUCUCUUUUCUAUUUAUAUGUGUGGCCCAGGACCCUCAGUGAACAGACGAUAGAGGGCAUCUCUCCCAGGUGACCCUUCUUUUCUAUCCCAGAAGGGUAGGCAACUCCCUUUGGGAUGGAGCUCCCACACCUCCCUCAGGUCCCCACUCAGACCAGCACCAGUGUCUGCCUCUGAGGACAUUGGCAGCUCCUAGAAAGCCGGGUUGGUGCCCGGGAUGGGGGGCAGGUACUCCCCGCCUCCCUGACUUCCCUUCUGCUCCUCGUUCCUCCCUCCCCCUUUAUUACUGUUUUUGUACUUGAUACCUUCUCUGUGAGCAGUGGUUCUGUUGGAAGGAAGGAGCCAGGAGCCUGGUGGGAAGCCUUCCCCCGAGAGAUGACUUCAGGGGCUUUAUUUAAAGACUGUGAUGAUGGAGCAAGAGCAAGGCUGCACCUCUGUAUGUGGGAGAUGAUGACUUCCAUUGCUGCGUGAUGGCUUGGAAAUUAAUUUAUUAAAUUAAAGUCAAAUUGGAGUUUAUCCACUG